AUGUUCUUCGAUUUGAAUAUCCCGUACAGCUCAGAUGAUCCUGAAGUGCCGCAUACCUUGAACUUCCUCGCGGAACUUGGUUACACCACCGUCGCUUUGUCCCAAACCGUCACCGGCAAGCUUCCUCCGAGCCUCCUGCCCCCUCCCCUUCCGCCAAAUUCGCCAAAGUCUCUCCAGCUUCUGACUCGCCUGAACCUGACGCUGUCCGAUCCCGCACAGAACCAGCGUCUAAACAGCCUAUCCCAAGCUUAUGAUUUGGUUGCUCUGCGUCCAACCAAUGAAAAGGCAUUGCUCAAUGCCUGUACAAAUUUGGAGUGCGAUGUGAUCUCGCUUGACCUCUCUGUGCGACUUCCAUUCCAUUUCAAAUUCAAAAUGUUGUCGGCUGCGAUAUCACGUGGCAUUCGGCUUGAGAUAUGCUACGGGCCUGGAGUCACAGGGAGUGGUCUGGAUGCCCGUCGAAAUCUGAUUGGCAAUACCAUGUCAUUGAUUCGAGCUACACGGGGUCGCGGUAUUAUUGUGUCAAGUGAGGCCCGGAGAGCGCUGAGCUUGCGAGCUCCAUGGGAUGUGAUCAAUCUGGCCUGCGUUUGGGGAUUGUCACAGGAACGAGGCAAGGAGGCAAUUUGUGAAGAGGCAAGGAAGGUGGUUGCAUUGGCCAAAUUGAAGCGUACUAGCUGGCGUGGGAUUGUUGAUAUCGUUCAUGGCGGAGACAAACCCACUGCCGAAAAACCUGCAGCCAAACAAAAAAAGCAGGAGAAAUCAGCCACAUUGGCACAGCCUGAAACCACCAACGAUACUUUGAAACGAAAAGCAUCGCUAGGCUCAGAGACAAUCACCGAGGAGACCGAGAAACCGCUGUCGAAGAGGGAAAUGAAACGGCGAGCCAAAAAGGCUCGAUUUGAUUCUCGCAACGAAGAUGCAAGCUGA